ACUGUUUCUCUCGCACAUAACCAGUACAACCUCUGCUGCUCUGUCACGCUGGGUUUCCGAAUUUAUCACGCUCGUAGUCCUAGAAUACUCCCUACGGGCGGCAGUCACGUGCUUCCCACAAUAAAAUUAGAACUAGGCUUUGAUUAUGGUUUCUACGAACAACGCAGGGGCCCUGCUUCGCUGCGUAUUACAGACAUAGAGGGCGGGAGGAACCGGCUAUAUGUUUUUCUAUCUGUCUGUGAACAAGCUGGCCAUGUUAGUAUUUGAAAUAAAUGGAAAUCCACCCAGUUUUACAGAGACGCCUAGCUAUCAGUUAAGUAGGACUAGUUAGAAUAAAAAUCUUUGAAAUAUAUAUUUUUGUUUUGUGACAAUAUUCCGUGGAAUUAAUUGUAUACAAAUAUAACUUUUAGGCACCUUCGCUACAGUUCGCGUGAAAUACACUAAGGUACCUUCCCCUUGGGGAGGUGAAGCAAGAGUAGUGUGUGUUUUUCUGCCUUCAAGCAAUGUGCUGUGUUGUGUGUCAUGGUAGUUGAGUGCCAUGACGCGUGUGCACGUGAAACCGUGUUAGUGCAAGAACUGCGGACAGUUGAAACGGUUGGGAGAAGUUGAAGGAAUGACGUCCUUGUCGUGUACGUUCUCGUAUACAGUAUAUAGUAAGUGAGUUUAGGUGACGUAUUCGUUCAAAAUGUGCACCGUAUUCUUAAUCAGUUCACAUUAGUUAUAGAAAUCGAUUUGAACCUUUCGGUCUCUCCCUAUGCACACUUAGCACCAGAGUAUUAACAACACAAGCCGAGAGAGCUAUGCGUCACCGUCAUCAGGCAACCGCUUGGUAGUAGCUCUCGCAGCCAAUCAUUCGGCUAGAAGCCUUUACACUGAAGAGCAAAGACAGACAAGGCGACCCGGAUAGUUCAUCUUCUACACAUUCUUGGUUAUUACGCAACGUCGGCGCUAACCCAACUUUACAGGAAAAUCCAAGGCAAGUCUUUCUUUCGGGCAAAUGGAUGUAGAUUUUUUUGUUGGUUUUGUUUUUUCCAGAAGUUGUGUUUUCGCUGGUAUAAGACGAAUAAAGGAGAGACUCGGUGUUGGCGAUCUAGACACGUUCGGAAAGAAAAGGAGUAAGGUGUACCGAUAAUUUGUGAGGAUCUGGAUUCUGUGGGAUGUUUCCUCCUCCUUGGGUUGGUCCGUGUGACAAGCGUGGCAAAUGAAAGACCAGCCGCUCGAUGGCCAGCGAGGGAAGGUGGCAGUGCUCCACUCCACCAAGCCUAUAUGUUUGGAGAGUGUCAAGAGCGAGCUGAAGAAUUCUGUUACGGGUUCUACCAAUGCAACAAAUUUUGAUGAUGACUAUAAUGAAUGGGAGUUAGGAAUUGGUGAACUUAUAAUAGAUCUGGACGCCGAUAUCGAAAAGAAUAACGAUAAAAACGGUCAACAUUCCCAAGCUAACGGAAGUACUGUCAUUAAUUCUCCUGCAGGUGGCGCGGUGUCUUUGAACCUGUUGUCCACACAGGAGACUGCUUGUGGAGGCAUGUCAAGCUCCAAGAUUUCGCGAAUGAGUUCUGGCGGAAGUAACGCUGGAAGCUCUUCUAAUACUUGCGGGGGGAUUGCAAAUUUGGGGGCCCCAGUCGAACACCAAGCUACUGUCGAUAAAGGGUUGAAAAUGAAAAUAAAACGGAAAAAUGUUGGUAGCAAAUUUUCCGAAGCAAAACAUGAAAUUGUGCAGUCAGAUACUAAAACUUCCAGUGGAACAGAAGGUUCUUCUAGCAAUGGAGUCGCUGGGAUUAGCUCUGCAGAAGCUAAGCCUAAACAUUCUUCCAGUAAAGGCCGCAGUAGUAGUCAUAGAGAAAAGAAGGAUAAAAAUCGUGACAAAGACAAAAAUAGAUCUACUGAGUUGAAUGGGAUUUCAGGGAAUAUCUCACUCUCUACGCCAUCUUUAAAAGUCUCUGCUGGUGGAUUAUCAUUAUCUUCUUUACCAACACCAACAGUGAACUUGGGGUUACCUGCUGGAUUAAUGGUGCCUAAGAAUGUGACCAGUAAUAGUUCAAGUAAUACUGUUCUUCAUGACCAUGUAAUAAGUACCACUAUUGUUACAACCGGAACCUGUGCUUCUUUAGCUAAUUAUUCACCAAAAGUAGACACCAGGUUUACAUCUAGUAGUGCGACUCUAAAGCAAGAUGAUACUGCAAUUUCUCCACCACAAAAGAAGAUAAAAGUAGAAAAGCAAGAAGAGGUUUAUGUGGAUGGAAUUCUAUGUGCUCGUGGAACAAAAGACAGUAGUACUUGCACCAGCGUAGGAACCCUGACAGAACCAGAGUGUCUAGGACCGUGCGAACCAGGAACCAGCGUAAUGUUAGAAGGCAUUGUUUGGCAGGAGACCGAUGGAGGGGUUCUCGUGGUCAAUGUAACGUGGAGAGGGAAGACCUAUGUGGGAACGUUACUUGACUGUACCAAACAUGAUUGGGCUCCUCCAAGGUUUUGUGACUCUCCUACUAGUGAUAUAGAUGCCAAAUCCGCAAAAGGCCGAGGGAAAAGAGGCAGAGGCUCUUCUAAUUCUUCUAGUGAAGUAAAUUUUUCUGAAACCAGAACAGUUCAAAGCAAACUUCGAAGCGGUAAAGGGCGAAGAAAUGUUGUCAGUAGUAAUAAUACUUCCAACUCCACUUCGGGUUUUACUGUACCUAGUAGUCCAGCAAAAAGUGAUAGUGGCGCAUGUGGAAUUGGCAAGAGAAAAGGAAGAACAACAGAUACUGAGGUACAUCCAUCACCAAAUGAAGUGAAAACUGCUAAAAGAAGUCGAUCUCAGCUACACAGCACUCCCAUACAGACUACUAUUUCCACACAUAGUGCGGAACUUCCUCAGCCGAAUUCACCAGCUCUAAUUGAAUGCCCUGAACCUAAUUGUAAAAAGAAGUACAAACAUAUCAAUGGUCUACGUUAUCAUCAGUCUCAUGCCCACAGUAGUUCAGAUUCGGGUAAAGUAGACGAAGGAAGUACAGAGGAAACGAAAGAUGUUACGAACAGUUCUGAUAACGAUGAAAGUAUGCAAGAACCUUCUAGUGUACCCCCUAGUCCUGCACCUUCUACUCGAAGUUCAGCAUCACCUAGUCCACUUUUUACUAGGACUGGGCAACAGAGUGAGCAUUCUGUGGCUUCUUCUGGAAUAGAAAAUGAAGAUAUGUCUUCAGAUAAACCAUCUAUUUCAAUUUUAGCAAUCGGUGAACAACCAGUAUCGUGCAAGAGUAGUCCUGUUAUCCAGUUUGCUUCUUCACCUGGUUUAUCGACUUCCACAGUUCAGACACAGAAAUUAGUGCCUUCUGAAUCAGUAGAUGAGUUAAAUGUGUCUUUGAAACCCCUUAUUUCCUGUGCCCCAGUAUCCUCCAGUUCAACAGUAGCUCCAGAACUACAGUCUGCAGUGUCUCUGUCAAUUUCAAACGCUUCCUCUCAGGGCUUGAAUACUACCACAGUAUCCAAUCUUCCAUCUAACACACUAAUAAACGCUAUAACAACUACAAGUAUUCCGUCUGUAACUGUUAGCAUUCCAACUUCUCAUUUCUUUUCAUUUGGACAAAGUCAAAAUCAACAUAAUAUACUAGCAACCACAACAGCGGUAAUGAGCUCAGGAAUACCCACAUCAUUAUCUACUAUACGUCAAGUCCCCUCAACAAGCACAUUAAAUACGGUGACAUCUACAUCUUUACCAUCUGCUGGAAUUCCAGUAUCUUUAACGCUGGAAAAGAAUAGGACUAAGCAGGAUAAGGUAGAUAAAUCAAAGCUGAAAACCUCCUCAUCUCCUACCAUUAGGCCAAUAGUACCUGCCCCUGCUGGUCCAAUGAUAACCAUAGCAACUAGUAUCCCAACCACUCAUCACACAUAUGGUCAUAGUGGACACUCAUUAGUAACUUCAUCUUUAAAGCCGAUUCAACCAAAACCGACAAUAUUAGGGGAACCGUCAACAAUAAAUCCAGUUUUAGAAAGCUUGAAGAAAGAAAAAACUAAACAUAAAAAGAAAAGCAAAGACAAAGACAAAAAGAUGUCAUCGACAGGGAACCCUGACAGAAAACCUGGGGAAGGACCAAAGACACCCUUAGUUCACCCCUUCCAAGUUGAUCCUUUGCAAAAUAUAAAUUUAAACCCUAUUAAUAGAACGUGUAAAAACCAUCAAGAACUUUCACUAACUGGUACGACUAUGAAGAAUACUACCGAACCCCAUUUAGAAAAAAAUUCAAUCGAUCCUAACAAUAUUAGUGAAAACGUUCAAAGCCCAGCAUACUCUGACAUUUCUGAUGAUAACGAAACGGCUCCUAUCCUGGAGUCGGAAAUGCAAGAUGUUAAGGACAAAGAAGAUAAAACCAUGGAACUUGCAAGUCAGUCUACACCCACAAAUUUAAGUCCUUACGGCAUGUAUUCUUACUACAGUCCUCCUCCGUAUCUGAUACCAUCAGCCCCACCUUCAGUAACUGCAUCAGCUCUUGGUCCCGAGAAACUAGAUACUGGUAAAAAAUCCGAAUGUGAUAAACAUAAUGAAAGUAAAACAUGGCCAGGAAAGUCUCUGGAUUCCAAUCAAGAUAGAAUAGUCUGUCAAGAUACAAGUGAACAGAAAGUUGUACGUGAAGAACAACAAAAUAAUCCGUUACAUACACCAACAGGAGGCAGUUCCAGCAAUGGCCCAUUACAGCAAGGCUAUCCUUAUCCCUAUGGUUACAUCCAAGGUUAUCCUUGUGGUUUGGACCCUGCUUAUCACAUGCAUUUGUUAGCUUCAGAUCCACACUACAAGAAGCAAUAUGAACGAUAUAUUAAAGACCAAGAAAGGCUUCUGAAAGAACAUUCAGAGAGACAACAGUAUCAACAUUUUUCAAAAGACAACCGAUCUGUUGAGAUAAAAGACAGAUGCAUGUAUAAUGAGAAAGUUUCUCCUAUUCAAUUAACAGUAACGGCUUCAGGUGCUUCUGAUCUUACUGUUAACAAGCUGGCAUCUCCCAGCUCCUCAGCGCGUAGCCACAAAGAAAGAGAAAAAGACUGUCGAAUAUCAUCUGGAUCCACAAGAGUAGAAACUUCUUUGCCACCGACAGUUUUAACUUCAUUGAAGGAAAAACAAAUUGAAAAUCAUCAGAUAUUAAAAGAAAAUAUCGAGCUAAAGACACAUAUGGAUAGCAAAGCUAAACUAAAUCAGUUAGAAGCCGUUAGAUUGUAUAAGCGCGAGCUAGAACUUCAACGGUAUAAUAUGUUACAUAGUCACUACAUGGAACAACAGAAAUCAGAAUCUGAUCAACAAGCAUCUUCACACGUACUUCAUCAAAAAGAAGAACAUUCAUCACCAGUUUCGCAUUCAGCUUCCAGAAAACCUAGUCCAGUCACUGAUAUAAGCAGGACAUCAUCUGUCAUAGCUUCUCCAAGAAGUGACCCAAACAAGCCUGUAAUAGGGUCGAUAUCUUCCAGUCCUAAGCCAAGAACUAGAGAUAUUAUGUCUCCUCACAAUAAAGAUCAUAGCAGCACCACUUCUGGUGGUAUUAUUACAGGUAACAACAAGAAAGAUAGUGUGAGCUCUACCUCAGGAAAGCAUCGCGACUCACCUGAAACUUCCCAACGUGAAGACAAAAUUAAAAGUGAGAAGAAGAUUAGUUCAGAGGGACAGAAACCGACCAUGGAAACAACCGGACCUCCUCCACCUCCAACUAAUACAUAUGCUUAUUUACAUCCCUCCUAUCUUCAACCUCCACAUUUUGGUCAUAUGCCUUUUGAAGGCCAUCCCAUGUACAGAGCUAGUCUCAACCCCAUGUUAAUGUCCUCUGGGACCCCCUACGGCGGAUCACCAUACCUACAUCCCCAGCUUCGCUAUCACGUACCUCAUGGACCUUGUGAUAUUCCACCUCACUCUCAAGCCCCCACAGAUGCAUUGGGACCCAAAAUGUCUUCACCUAACGCACCAAAGGCUUUGGAUCUAUUACACCAAGUGUCUCAACACUAUUCAUCACACAAAAUUCAUGAACUUCAAGAGAGAGCCAUUAUGUCACCUGCACCCAUUUCGACACCUGCAACUACUGUUGCCUCAGCAAUGCCCAAUAAAUCUUCAGAUACCUCCACAACCUCUUCCAAACAAGAAACAAGUACUUCUGAGGAAAGGUCUCGACUACUACCACCGCAGCGCCAUCUUCAUACACAUCAUCAUACCCAUGUGGGAGUAGGCUACCCACUUUACGAUCCCUACGGUGUGGCCCAACCACAGUGGAAGCAAGCACAAAGACAAGUUCCUUUCAAAUUAACGCAAUGAUCGUCUCCCAGCAAGCCGCAGCUGCCUCCAGCGUGCACUCUUUUUCUCCCAAGUGAAACUUCAAGGCUCUUGUCAUCAUCUUUGGAUUUGCUUUUGAUUCCGGGACUAUAGAUCAUUAGAGUGUGUCUAUGUUUACAGCGACUGUAUCUGAAAAGCUGAGAAACUCUUUUCAACCAAAGUGACUUUUCUAUGGAGUUUUUGAAGAAGAAAAAGAAGGGAUCUCGAACAGUUCGAAUCUUUGAUUUUCGGCUUGGUGCAUUGCAACGUAGAAAAUAGAAUGCGUAAACUAGUCUUAACGUUCGCGUGGAGUUCCGAAUUUCUUAUUCUCUGGAUUUCGUAUCUCAAAUAUGGCUCUUUAUAAGCUUUAAACGCUUCUGUGGGAUUGUCCUAGAGCGUAUUGCAUUGGAAAAAAAAUUAAAAACUGAAGAAACAUUUAAAAAUACGUUUAAUUCAUUCACAGAAGAAGAGACUGGCUAGAAGACUUUAAAGACUUAGCCUAUUCAGUUGUUGUUACCAGAUGUUCAGAUCUAGUUGUGUACAGUGAACAGCAACCUCUAGAGUAAGUCAGUGCCAGGAGAUACAUCGUUUGCUUUUGCUGCUGACUUUUUACCUUUACCAUCAUUUUCGGGGUGAUUAUUCAUGGGUGUAUAACCAUAGUGCAAACUUCAAAAAUCGAUUGUGUUAAUUAUCAGUUUAUAAUUGUGUGUGAACGCGCAUAUUUGCAUGAAUGUAUUUUGCAACUAGUUUUGUUUGUAAAUAGUGUUACUGUACUACAAAAGGUGCUAGCCACUUUGUAUAUAGUCAUCAUGUGUAAUGGUUGUUCGUCUUUAUCUACUAUAUGAGGAUGAUCGACAUCACCACAAAGACGAAGGUCUGCUCCGAACGAUGUUGUUUGUAUUAAAUGUAACUAAAUAGCUGCACAUUAUGAUGUAAAUAUAUAUAUUGUCUAUUGAUUCGGAUAUAUCAUUUUGUCCAAUACACUGCCAGUGUUUAAUAGUUUUUAGCAAAGGCUUGAAUCGUUUGUAAAGCAGACUUUGUGUAUAAAAAGUAACGCACACUAAUCUGCUAUGUUCAUAUGAGGCGGAUGUAUGGAGGUAUUAUAAUUCAUUGCAUAUGUUACCGGCUAUGUAAGGAUUUCCCAAGGUAUUCGGCACACGAUGCUAGAUCUAUAUACAGGGGUAAGUUACGAAAUAUAGGCUUAUGUGAUUGUUUUUACUUCUCUGUGCCAAACGUUUUAUUUCCUACGAUCGAAAAAAAAAUGACGAAGGUUAAACUAGGAUUUCGAGCUCCUUUUAUUAUUUUUUAGUGUAAGACAUUUGACAGAAUUUUAAAUAAAGGUUAUUUUUAACAUGACCAAUCCGUUUUAAUCUGUGUACGAAUCAGAAGAGCAAUUAAAGAUGGCAGACAAUUCCAAGUGAUGCGUGUGUUGGUUACAUUAGAGCAUUACGCUCAAUGAAAAUCGGGUCUAUUUUUUAUUUUUUUUGUAUUUUGAACUGGAACGUCAGAUUAUCAGUAAAUAUCUAACAAAUUGCUAGCGUUAAUUAAGGUUUUACGUACACACAUGGUUACUAGAUAGAUUAACAGUUUUUUUUGUUUGUGUAAAUCGUUAUAAUGCUAUAGAAAUGUGGCUAUUUUUUAUUUUCAAAAUUACAUACGUUGUAGAUCUGGUCUUGCAUGGCAGUUUGCUGUUAUUUGAACAGUUUGAUGGAAAGCGUACGUGAUUUUACUUUCAAGCUAUUUAUCGUAAAAGCAAAGUUUAGUCCCCCUCCACGCGCUCUCAGUGAUGUCCAUACCCAGCCUCUUGUCUAAAAUAUGUCACGUGCCAAAUUAUUAACCACUGUAUUUCAGUCGGAAUGGGCAACGUUGGUAUUAUAGGUUAUUAUCGACAUUCUUAUCCACCAAAUGUAAAAACAGAAACUUUAUCGAGCAGACAAAAAUAAUGAUGUUAAUCAAAAACCAUGUUAGAUUUUAUGUAGUGUGAUUUUUUUUUUGUCUGAGGCAAAAGUGUCUAAAGAAAUUACUUAAAGAAUUUUUACAGCGUUUAUUUGUUUUACAAUUAAACUUGUAAUUCGAAACCUGAUCUGUCGGAAUUAAUACAAUUAUCCUAUCAUUCUGGGUUGUUUCUACGAUUAUAAAAAAGCCACCGUUUUUCAUGUUAUAAUAAUUAUAAAAUGCUAGAAUGGGAAAGUUAGAAAUACAUACUUGUUCCGGCUAUAAAUGCAGAUUACAUUGCGUUUAUACAUAUAAUUAUUUUAUUGUUGCCCUUUUCACAAAAUAUGCUAAAAUAAAGUUUUUGUUUCGAAAAUUUGGAAUUUUUCAAAUAAAAGUAAAUCUGUUCUGUUACUUAGUUUCUUUGUAUAUGUACACACACAUAUAUAUAUAUAUGUGUGUGUGUGUGUGUAUAUAUAUAUGUACUGUACCUUUUAUAUUGAAAACAAUACCUCUGUACACCCGACUUUCAAAUAAUGUGAUCACUGAAAAAUAUGUUUGUAGAAAAAGUUUGGGGUUUUCUUUGAUUCGAUUUGUUAUGAACGGGAAGUUAAGUUUUUCUGUGCUGUGACAGGCCUGGCACGUUUGUUGGAAGGCGUAUCACAGCCGCCAUAUUGUACAGAAGAGUCACUGUAAGAAUACUGUAUUGUGUGUAAAAUGUAGUUUUUGAAGAUUUAUUUCCCAAAAAGAUUUAAUUCGCUCUUGCUGGUGUUCAAGUACUGUAUUUUUAUGAAGCAGAAGUAAAAAGCUUUUAGCACCAAA